GAGAUAUUGAGAUCAAAAGAGGAACAAGUUUGGUUGGAGAGAAAGAAAAAAAAUAGAGGGAGAUGAUGAAAGUGCAAGUUCUGUUCCUCGUGGCUAUUUUGUUUCCUGAUCUGAAGCAGCUUGUCAAGGGGCAACUCUGGCCAAAAUGCUCACCUAGAUGUGGCAACGUCAACAUCGAGUACCCUUUUGGCACUUCUACAAAUUGUUACUAUCCAGGAGAUUCUAGUUUCAACCUCAACUGUAAGCAAGAUAAUAGGUUAUUCAUCGGUGACCUUGAAGUGGUCAGCAUUUCUCACAGCGGCGAGAUACGUGUUCUGGUUCCUAUAUCAUACACUUGCUACAACGACCGUGGAGGUAUAACGGGCAGUAAAUAUUACAAGUUUAAGUUGAGUAGUUUUACUCUCUCCGACAACAACAGUUUCACUGGAGUAGGCUGUGACAGUAGCGUGGUGCUGACCAACUUAGGGGAUAA